CACUUUCUGUCGUGGUUUUAACCUAAAUCCUAGGUUGCGGUGUUACCGCUGCCAUAUCUCUCAUCGCCUGUGUCUCCCAACAAUGGAAAAUCCCGCCGGAGAGAGCCCUUCAGAGUCUGCCGCCAGCAAGAAGCAGGCAAAGAAAGAGGCUUUGAAGGCGGAGAAACUCCGUCGGAAGCAAGAGGAAGCCGCGACCGCGGCCGCUGCUGCGGCUUCCAAAGAGGCGGAGGCCGAUUCGUUGGCUGGAAACUAUGGCGACGUGCCGUUGGAGGAGCUGCAGUCGAACGCCGUUACCGAUCGGAAUUGGACUGAAGUCGGUUCGCUGGAUUCGAAGCUCGCCGACGGAACGGUUCUGAUACGUGGAGUUGCACAGACGUUGCGCGCCGUAGGGAAAAAAAUGGCUUUUUUGGUGGUGAGGCAGUUUACCGCUACGGUGCAGUGCGUGCUUACGGUGACCGAAGGGUUGGUAAGCACGCAGAUGGUGAAGUACGCUAAUUCCUUAACCAGGGAGUCGAUUGUGGAUGUGGAGGGUGUGGUUACAGUUCCUACGGAGCCUAUCAAAGGCACGACCCAGCAGGUGGAGAUUCAAGUCAGGAAGCUGUACUGCAUCAGUAGAGCUGUUCCAAACCUUCCUAUAAAUAUUGAGGAUGCAGCUCGAAGUGAGGAAGAAAUCAAAGAAGCUGAAAAGAUGGGUGAAAAACUUGUUCGUGUUAACCAAGAUACACGAUUGAAUAAUAGAGUUCUUGAUUUACGUACUCCAGCAAACCUAGCAAUUUUUCGUCUUGAAUCCUCCGUUGGAUAUAUUUUUCGAGAUUUUUUGCAAUCUGAAGAUUUUUUUGAAAUUUAUACACCGAAGUUGAUAGCUGGUACAAGCGAAGGAGGUGCUUCCGUUUUCAAGUUAGACUACAAGGGUCAACCUGCUUGCUUAGCCCAAUCACCACAGCUCCAUAAGCAGAUGGCUAUAUGCGCUGGUUUUGGACGUGUGUUUGUAGUUGGCUCAGUUUAUAGGGCAGAAGAUUCAUAUACUCACAGGCAUCUGUGUGAAUUUGUUGGUCUUGACGUUGAAAUGGAGAUCAAAGAGCAUUAUUUUGAGGUUUUAGAUAUUGUGGACAGAUUGUUUGUAACAAUGUUUGACUACUUGAAUGAUAAAUGCAAGAAGCUACUUGAUGCAAUUAACAAACAAGUCCCCUUUAAGCCACUGAAGUAUUUGCGGAAGACCUUGCGCCUUACAUUUGAGGAGGGCGUCCAAAUGCUCAAGGAUGCCGGUGUAGAAGUUGACCCCUUCGGUGACCUUAAUACCGAGGCAGAAAGGACACUGGGCCGUCUCGUUCUUCAGAAGUAUGAUACUGAGUUUUACAUACUUCAUAGAUAUCCUUUGGCAGUACGACCAUUCUAUACCAUGCCAUGUCCCGACAACCCGUUAUAUAGUAACUCUUUCGAUGUCUUUAUCCGAGGUGAGGAGAUAAUUUCUGGAGCUCAAAGAGUCCACGUAGCUGAAUUAUUAACCGCUCGAGCAGAGGCUUGUGGAAUUGACGUCAAUACAAUAUCCACUUACGUGGAUUCAUUUCGAUAUGGUGCAUGGCCUCAUGGUGGCUUCGGAGUUGGACUGGAGCGAGUGGUUAUGCUCUUCUGCGGUCUCAGCAACAUUCGUCAAGCCUCACUCUUCCCACGUGACCCCAAGCGCUUGGCUCCAUAACCACAACCAUCUCCAAAUUCAUUGCUCUGCCCUCAAUUUGCAAGAGAUAUCAGUUUUUUUUUUU